AGUAUGGAGUGUCUGAAUCUUGGACUAAAUUUACCAUGAUCCCACAGUACCUUAGCAUACACAUUAUUCCUCUGUAUCUUUGGGAAAAUGAUGUUCUUCUGGGGACUGCUGCUCCUUAUUCAAGAAUAAUUAGGUAUAACUUAAACCAUGGCAACUUCAAGUUCCCUGUCAUUCAUGGCCACAGAGAUGACAUGAUGAAAGUUGCUCCUUUGUCUAAGCACUCGAUGGCAGCAAAGCAAUUCCAUAUUUAUCAUAAAAGCUUGGUUUCACCAUCACACUGUGGUCUUCUAAGUAGCACAUCUGAAAUGCGUUGGAUCAAAGUUAUCAAAAACCCAUGCCUACAUCUCUUCCAAGUGAAUUCCUCUAUUGACUUGGUGUGGGGCUGCAAAACUAUACUUUCUGUUGACAUGAUUGUUCCCCAUUGCUAAAUCACAACGUCACAGCAAUUUUUCUGCUUUAUUUAGGAUAUUAAGGAAUGACUAUCAUUUACUGGUGUUCAUUUACAAUUAGAGUUAAUUUUUUCUAGUAUCAAGUUCUAUUUUUAUAUGACAAGUUAUCAUUUUUAGGGUUAAGUUAAGGGAAGAAAGAAAAUAGAAACUGUAAUAUCCCAUAAUUUAAUGACUACAGUUUCAUAUUAUGUUCUUCCAUGUUGGUUUUCAACAUUUUGGUUUUUGGAUUGUUACUGGUUUUGUCCAUUGGAUAAGAAAUAAACAAUACAUGC